CGCCCUCUCCCGCCCCCUAAAACAUGUGUAGUGACCGCCUUCUCUUACUCAGGAAGUGGCAGGAUCCCUGGCCAAUCACCAUAGAACUGGGCCUUCAGGUUAGAUAGUCCCAACCUUACCUUCUGUGUAGAACCGCCGGUUCCAGAUUUAACACGAACGGAAGGAAUAAUCUAAUCUAUGACAUCAGAUCGCUGUGCAACAUUUCUGUCAGUGAACUAGAACGCUAGGUUGAAGAGCUUUAAUAGAAAGAGGUUUAUUAGAAAUAAUAAUACCUGUUUUUAAAAAAAAAAACACCCCUUCCUAUAUUUGCUAAAGCAAACAAACAAACAAAAAACUGGGUACAGGAAAUAAAUGGUGUGUCUCAACCCAAGAAAAUAAUAACAAUGCCUCUCUUUCCUUGUUUUAGGGAAUGCUGUCGAUUUUUUGGAGACAAUGGCUUGACUUUGAAGGUGUUUUUUACCAAGGCAGCACCCUUUGGUGUUCUUUGGACACUCACAAACUACCUGUACUUACAUGCAAUAAAGAAAAUAAACACUACGGAUGUCUCCGUGUUAUUCUGCUGCAACAAAGCUUUUGUGUUCUUGCUCUCAUGGAUCGUUCUCAGGGACAGGUUCAUGGGAGUGAGGAUCGUGGCCGCCAUCCUCGCCAUUGCUGGCAUCGUGAUGAUGACCUAUGCCGAUGGCUUCCACAGCCACUCCGUCAUCGGCAUCGCACUGGUAGUGGCCUCCGCAUCUAUGUCUGCCCUCUACAAGGUCUUGUUCAAGCUCCUCCUGGGCAGUGCUAAGUUUGGAGAAGCCGCCUUAUUUCUGUCCAUUUUGGGUAUCUUCAACCUCCUCUUCAUCACCUGCAUUCCUGUCAUCCUCUACUUUACCAAAGUGGAAUACUGGAGCUCCUUUGAUGACAUCCCAUGGGGAAACCUUUGUGGAUUUUCAGUUCUCUUAUUGACAUUCAAUAUUGUAUUAAAUUUUGGAAUUGCUGUUACCUAUCCCACUCUGAUGUCUCUUGGAAUCGUCCUCAGUGUACCUGUGAAUGCAGUGGUGGAUCACUACAAGCCAGAUUGUCUUCAACAGCGUCCGGGUCAUCGCCAUCAUCAUCAUAGGCCUGGGCUUCCUCCUUCUGCUUCUGCCAGAGGAGUGGGACGUCUGGUUGAUCAAGCUGCUCACCCGCCUCAAAGUGAGGAAGAAGGAGGAGCCCUCGGAGGGCGCAGACCUGGGCUCCGGCCCUCAGAGCAAGAGCAGAAGAGGCCGCCCUUCCUUGGCCCGCUAGGCCACGCUCCAGGACAGGACGUGCUGGGGCCUCACGCGAAUGACUGGGAGGUCUCUUCCUUACGGGAGGAACCUCAGUGGGGCGAGGUGUACAUACCUGUACAGUUUUGGUCAUCUGCGGUAAGUCCUGCGGUAUUUAUUGGCAUGUCCAACUUGCUUGCACUUUUCCACAUCAGACCUUCCACUCCAGGGUACCUCAAGACGGACGAGGGAAGAAGAACCUCUCAGCGCUUUUCCAGUGAAUGUAAAGUGGGUUAAAGUGAUCUUUGCAUAGAUUGUUCUGGAUGAUUGAUGCUCUUGACAAGCCAGGGCAAAUGUUUUGAAUCUUAGCCACCGAACAUGACAUUGUACACUGUGAUUAUUUUUCAGCUAUGGUAGGUCAUAUUUUGUUUUAUACCAGAGCUGCACUCUUAAUUUCAAGGAAUUUCAGUGAACCAAAAGAGAACUGUCAAUUACUGUGGAUGGACGGAUGGACAGAGGGAGGGAGAGAGGGAUGCCUGGGAUGUGAAGAGGUGAGGCAGACACAGAUAACGGACAUCAAACACCGUCAGAGGACGGGCCUGUGCCGGGUCACGGGGAGGGCAGGAUGGGUCCAAGCCCCGGCUGGCCUGCUCUCACGUGUCUGCGUAAGAUCAUGCGAGAGAAAUCACAGUGCCUUCUACAGAAUUUUCAUCUUUACCUAUGUGAAGCGAGGUGACGUGAUAAGUCACUGGCGCUGUCUUAUAAUUUAGAUGUAGAAAUCUUUAGAAACAAAUAAAACUAUUAUCUGUGAGUGCGUGUGCGUGUGCGUGUGCGUGUGUGUGUGUGUGUGUGUGUACCAAAAUGACAAAGGUGAUGGCCAGUGUAUACAGAACGUGUCCGAAGUGUACGAUACGCAUAUAAGGUGGAUUGUGCAGGAGGAGAUUGCUGGUUGCUUUUACUUCCCGACCAAGACUGAAAAACUACUUACUGAAUCCAUAAACCUUUUUAUGAAACUUUUAAGCACCAGGCUGUUUAAUUACACAAUUUAGGUCUGCCAGAAAAUUCUAUCUGUGAUAGAUCUGUAAAGAGGGACAGGGGUUAGAGUUUACUAUUUUUGAAGUUUACAUUGUUACAUAUGAAAUGGAAACCUUAUUUUGAAAUGUUGUCAUAACCUAAUGGUGCAUUCUGUAACCAUUGGAGUCUUUUGUUUGGGGGAGGGAGGGCAGAAGAGGCAUUCAUGACCUGAACUUUUUAGCAAAUUAUUAUUCUCAGUUUCCAUUACCUGUUUGGCCAAACAGAUUAAUAAAAUAUUUGAAAAAGAAGCCUU